GCGCUAGCCAGGCCGGCAUGGCCCCCUGGGUGUUCUGUAAUCGCUGCUUCCAGCCUCCCCGCGGGACGUCGUGCUUCAGCCUGACCAACUGUGGGCAUGUGUACUGCCACGCGUGCCUCGGCAAAGGUAAAAAGGAUGAAUGCUUGAUUUGUAAAGUUCCUUGUCUCACAGUUUUACUUUCAAAGCAUACUGACUCAGAUAUUCAGUCCUUCUUUGUGGGUAUCGAUGGUCUGUGCAGAAAGUACUCCAGAGAGACUGCUCAGAUUUCAGAAUUUCAAGAAAAACACAGAAAGAGAUUGUUAGCCUUCUACAGAGAAAAGAUUUCUAAGUUGGAGGAGUCCCUCAGAAGGUCAGUGUUGCAGAUAGAGCAGCUGCAGAGCAUGAGAUCAUCACAACAGGGAGCUUUCAGCACAAUAAAAAAUUCAGUUUCAACAAAGCCGCCUGUUCACCUGCUGCAGCCACUUCGCUUGUCAGCCCCCGACAGAGUGGAGGCAAUGGAAGUUGAUCUCACUCCUUCCCCGGUGAGAAAACCUGAGGGAGCAGCUGGCCCAACAAGAAUCUCUUUGAUUAGUCCACCUCAAGAUGGACACAUGGGCAGCAUCUCCUACCGGGGCCCUCAGAAUCUUGGCCUGACACCCAGUCAGAGCAUGGCGAAGCCUCUCAGGGUUCCACCACUGCAGAUGCCCUACAGGGGACGGUCACAAACUCCAGCACACCAGGGUCCAGGUGCAGCGGGGAAAGGGGCCUCUCCCAGCCUUGGAAGCUCCCAGGCUGCACUGCCUUCCCGGGCCCCAGCCACCAGGCUGCCACUCAGCAUCUCUGGCCUACUGCAGAAGCAGCGCCUAGGCUAG